CAGAUUGGCGACUCACCACGCGAUCUUCACUACGCAACCAAAGUAUAUAUAUAUGGAUAGGGUUUUCUCAGUCGGGGAAAUCUCUGACCAGUUAUGGUCACCGCCCCCGCCCUCUCCACCUUCUGCUCAACGUGACGAUCCCUCCAAGAUGAACCGGAGCGAAUCUGAGUGGGCCUUCCAGCGCUUCCUCCAAGAGGCUUCUGUUAUUGCUGUUUCUGCUUCUGCCUCUGACUCCUCGCCGCAAUCUUCUUCAGCUCCUGCUGGUGACAAAAGCGACGUCCUUGAGAUCAAGGACAAUGACAAAACGACUGCUUCAUCGUCAUUUAGCAAUGCGCGACGUACCCCGCCGUUUAAUGUAGCUGCUGCUCCUGGUGCUCCUCCGAAUAUUCCGGUGGAUUCCGAGGAGUACCAGAUGUUCUUGAAAUGUAAACUCAAUUUGGCUUGCGCCGCCGUUGCCCUGUCCCGGGCAUCUUUUCUGAAACCUCAAGAUUCUCCUGCUAGAGCUGACAGUGGAUCGCAGGCUUCAAAUGCUUCACAAUUAGGAUCUCAUGCUACUUCUAAAGGGGCUGGAUGUGACUUGUCCACGUCACAAGAUAUGGAUGCUAAUGGACCAGUUGGAAUCUCCUCCAUACAUAGCACACAAAAGAAAUCUGGAGCUACUGUGAAGCCAACAAGUGGAUCAUCAAGAGAGCAGUCAGAAGAUGAUGAAAAUGAAGGUGAAACUGAAAUAACUGAGAAUAUGGACCCUGCUAAUGCAAAACGUGUAAGGAGAAUGCUUUCAAAUAGAGAGUCAGCUAGACGAUCGAGAAGAAGAAAACAGGCCCAUUUGACUGAUCUUGAGACACAGGUUGCUCAAUUGAGAGUUGAAAAUUCUUCUCUAUUAAAGCGUCUUUCUGACAUAGGCCACAAGUACAAUGGGGCAGCUGUUGAUAACAGAGUUUUAAAAGCUGAUGUUGAAACAUUGAGAGCAAAGGUGAAGAUGGCCGAGGAGACUGUCAAAAGGUUUACUGGGUUGAAUCCUAUGUUCCAUGCCAUGCCUGAGAUAUCUGCAAUAAGCAUGCCAUCAUUUGAUGGAAGCCCUUCUGACGCAUCAACAGAUGCUGCUGUUCCUGUCCAAGAUGACCCAAAGCAUCACUUUUAUCAGCCUCCAAAUAACCCUAUAUCUACUCAUGACCCAGGAGUCAACAGUGCUUUGGCAGACAUUUCUUCAGUUGAAAACUUGCUGCCUCAUUCUGGAGCAACAGGACUAACAGGGAACAAGAUGGGACGAACAACUUCCUUGCCGCGAGUGGAUAGCUUGGAGCAUUUGCAGAAACGGAUCCGCAGGAGUGUAACUCCUGGGCCUCAGUCCAAUGGGGAGCAGCAGUAACAAACAGAAUGGCCUUCAGUGUGAAGGUGGUUUUACUGAAGAAUAUUGUCAAGAAGCAUUCUGUUACAGUAUGAUUUUCAGUUCAACUGUGUGCAAAAGGUUACAUUCUUUAUGACAACUACAUGCCAGCAACUUGCUGUAUGGAACAGUUCAUCAACAUAAUCAUCAAUUUUUCCAAGGCUGAUGCGUUUCUCAGCUUGUUUAGAGUUUGCAGGGCAAGAUAUUUUUAGGUGUCAAGGGAUCAUUGUAGUGUCCUGACUCCUGAGAACCUAAUGAUUUUUCAGGGCUGUUUCUCUGCAAGCAUCGCCUGACUCCAAAAGGUUGUGUAACGUGUUCAUUUCAGGUUACUCUGAGAAUAUGUUUGUUCUGUCCUCUUGUUCAUCUGGCAGACAAUCUAUUUACAAUACCUGAAUGAUAUGAAGUUUAAUGUCAAGGGCACAGGCACAAAAGUGAUUAAGCUUGCAAUUGUACAUCAGGUCAUCAGCAUAGAAGAAUUGCUGAUCAUUGAUAAGCAGUAUCUUUUAUUUCUGAUGAAUUUUACCUGGAUAUUUACCAGCAAUCAUUAAAUUUGGAUUGUACAUAUAAGAGGUCAACUAAUAGAUGCUUCGUUUUCA